CAUGAUCAGGGUUCAAGCGCCUGAUCUCAGCUUCCGGUGAGUGAUCUCUCCUCAAUCGCCUUCAAAAAACUCCUUUCAAGUCGCAUAGACGCACUCCGCGGUGUCUUGAAUCGACCGUAGAGCCGGUGCCGCCUGUUUGCCUAUCUUUACAUUAGUUUCGUGGAGAGACUAUGCAGUGUACGCUUUGUGCAGUCUGGGCGGCACUGCUGUGCGGUGUGGCCCUGUCCGACUGGCCGCCAUCAACGGGGCGUCGCUCUAUUGACACUCAGCCACCGUUGGACCCUGAAGUACACAUGAACAUUACAGAAAUCAUCCAUCGAUGGGGCUACCCAGCGGAGGAGCAUGAGGUGAUGACAGAGGACGGCUACAUCUUGACGGUCAACAGGAUCCCUGCGGGACGCCAGCACGUGCAAAGUCCCCGAGGUGUGGUUUUCCUCCAGCACGGCCUCCUGGCAGCCGGCAGCAACUGGAUCACCAACCCGCCUGAGUCCGCCCUUGGCUUCACGCUGGCCGACGCCGGCUAUGACGUUUGGCUGGGGAACAGCCGAGGAAACACCUGGUCCAGGAAACACCGCACGCUCACGCCCGACCACGACGACUUCUGGAAGUUCAGUCAUGACGAAAUGGCCCUUUUGGAUCUUCCCGCGGUGCUGGACUACAUUCUCAAGGUGACGGGACAAGAGCAGAUCACUUACGUCGGACACUCCCAGGGGACCACCAUCGCCUUCAUGGCCUUCUCCACGCUGCCACACCUUGCCGCCAAGAUCAAAUUGUUUGUGGGCUUGGGUCCGGUGGCCACGGUGGCAUUUCCCACCAGCCCGAUGAGCAAACUGGCUGUCCUGCCCGAGUUCCUGGUUUGGGACCUGUUUGGAAGGCGGGAAUUCCUGCCUCAGAGUCACAUGAUCGAGUGGUUCGCCGAGCACGUUUGCGCCAAACAUCUGCUCGACCAGUUGUGUGGAAAUCUUUUCUUCGUCCUGUGCGGCUUCGACCGGCUCAACCUCAACGUGUCUCGCACGGCCGUCUACACCACGCACUGUCCUGCCGGCACGUCCGUCCAAAAUAUGCUGCACUGGGCGCAGGCCGUCACCAGCGGGAAGCUCUCGGCGUUUGACUUUGGCGCAGCGGGCAACAUGAAACAUUACAACCAGUCCACACCCCCCAGCUAUCACGUGCGCGACGUGAAGGUUCCCACUGCCAUCUUCUCGGGGGGACGCGACACGCUGGCUGACCCCAAAGAUGUGGCGUUACUCCUCACACAGCUGUCCAACUUGGUGUACGAGCAACACAUUCCCCACUGGGACCAUCUGGACUUCAUUUGGGGUCUGGAUGCCCCCAAGGUCAUGUUUCCUGCCAUCCUCAAGCUCCUGCAGCAGUACCACUAGAGGGCAGCACUCGCUCGCCGCCACUCAAUCAUCACUUGAAGUUGUCGAACCACCAAAGUCGACGUGCUGG